UGCCCUCGUGGUCACACUGCCAGACACAAACAGAGAAAGAAGGCGGAAGUACACAGCCUGACUGUUUAUGUUUAUAUGACAAGAGAAGCAUUUGAACAGCAAUCAGCACAUGAGCCGCAUUGUAUCUGUUACUUUCUUUGCAUUAAUGUAAUGCUGCCCGUGCUGCCUCCCGGUGGAAAGUAGUCAAAAUGGAGGAAGAGGGACAGCUGCGGUCCUUCAUGUUCCUCAUGACUUACCUGCUGAUGAAGCGCAGGAGAGAUAUCAACCACGCAGACACUCAGAGACGCAAUGAGAUCCAGAGACGAAUCAGGCAUCGUCAGUACUUCUUCCAGAGACAGAGGAGGAUGAUGAUGAUGAUGUUAGCAGGAGGUAUCCGCUCCAAUGUCCGUAUCCGCACACGUCCCUGGACCACCACUCCAAGCACUGAUUGGUGGGAGCGAGUGGUGAUGACUGAGUUCCAGCCGUCCGAUUGGCUGGACAAGUUCCGUAUGAGUAAAGAGACGUUCUUCUACUUGUGUGAGAAGCUGAGGCCUCGCCUGGCGCGUCAGGACACCAGCUUCCGCCUGGCGCUGCCCGUGGAGAAGCGUGUUGCUGUGGCUCUGUGGCGCCUGGCGUCAAACAUCGAAUAUCGCACCAUCAGCACCUUGUUUGGUGUGGGCAAGUCCACCGUGUGCAGGUGCGUCAGAGACAUGUGUCAUGCCAUUGUGGCGCUCCUCAGUUCCAUCUAUCUUCGGCCUCCUUGUGAGCAGGAGCUGGAGGACUCUGCCCAGCUCUUCCUCUCUAACUGGGGCUUUCCUCACUGUGUUGCUGUGAUAGCAACACUCCACACAGCUAUCAUCACUCCAUCAAACAACGCAUCUGACUAUGCUAACCCUGCUGGCUGGCUCUCUGUGAUGUCGCAGGUGGCUGUGAACGGCCGGGGACAGUUCUGGGACGUAUGUGCCAGUUUUCCAGGAGGAACAGACCCAGCUGAUAUCUUACAGAACUCAUCAUUGUGGGCUACAGCAGCAGAGGGUGGACUGUCACCUGCCACACCGCCCAUCUUCAUGGGAAAACCACUCAGGUAUGUGCUGCUGGGGGAGGCCUGCUACCCUCCACAAAGCUGGCUACUGAAAGCCUAUCCUGAGGAAAGAGGUCGAAGGGGAGGCCACACUUCACUGACAGACCAACAGCAGCUCUUCAACCAGCGGCUCACUGCAGCGCUGCAUGUCCCUGAGGAGGCGCUGCUGAGGCUGAGGGCGCGCUGGCAGUGCCUGAGCAAGAGGAACGACUGCGGCCUGGACGUGGUGCCCACAAUGAUCCUGGCCUGCUGCAUUCUGCACAACAUUUGCGAGUGUCAUGGCGAUGCUUUCAAGGCGGAGUGGCAGGUGGAGGUUGCUGCAUCUGAGAGUCCUCAGCCUAACCACAGGCCGCUACUCUCGAACAGUAUGGAUGAAUGUCACACUGAGGAAGUCCGACAACUAUUCUGUGACUAUUUUGAACAGCUGAAUACCUGAAAAAAUGUCAUUUGUACAUACAUUGUUAAUAAAACCUGUAAACAUUUGUACAAUA